AUGCUCGUAGAUAUCAAAAUUGAAACAAACCCGGAAUGUUACGAUAAAGGAGAAGGAAGUAAACUUCAUUCCACAGUCAGGCCGUUUUAUUCCUUUAAGAACCGAACCUCUACAUCAAAUGUACCAUCUGUUAGUAGUACCAGAAUACCCGAUGUCAAUGGAGGUUCGGUUUCCGAUCGUCCUGACAAGGAGGAUCGUCCUGACAAAGAAGCAGUCAUCACAGGGAAGGAAGUAUCAGACCAUGUCACUGUUGUCUUGAAUGCAACAGUAGCACCCGAUGCCAAUGGAGGUUCGAUUUCCGAUCGUCCUGACAAAGAGGAUCGUCCUGACAAAGAAGCAGUCAUCACAGGGAAGGAAGUAUCAGACCAUGUCACUGUUGUCUUGAAUGCAACAGUAACACCCGAUUCCAAUGAAGGUUCGAUUUCCGAUCGUCCUGACAAAGAAGCAGUCAUCACAGGGAAGGAAGUAUCAGACCGUGUCACUGUUGUCUUGAAUGCAACAGUAACACCCGAUUCCAAUGAAGGUUCGAUUUCCGAUCGUCCUGACAAAGAAGCAGUCAUCACAGGGAAGGAAGUAUCAGACCGUGUCACUGUUGUCUUGAAUGCAACAGUAGCACCCGAUUCCAAUGGAGGUUCGAUUUCCGAUCGUCCUGACAAAGAAGCAGUCAUCACAGGGAAGGAAGUAUCAGACCGUGUCACUGUUGUCUUGAAUGCAACAGUAGCAUCCGAUUCCAAUGAAGGUUCGAUUCCCGGCACAGGGAAGGAAGUAUCAGACCGUGUCACUGUUGUCUUGAAUGCAACAGUAGCACCCGAUGCCAAUGGAGGUUCGAUUUCCGAUCGUCCUGACAAAGAAGCAGUCAUCACAGGGAAGGAAGUAUCAGACCGUGUCACUGUUGUCUUGAAUGCAACAGUAGCAUCCGAUUCCAAUGAAGGUUCGAUUCCCGGCACAGGGAAGGAAGUAUCAGACCGUGUCACUGUUGUCUUGAAUGCAACAGUAGCAUCCGAUUCCAAUGAAGGUUCGAUUUCCGAUCGUCCUGACAAAGAAGCAGUCAUCACAGGGAAGGAAGUAUCAGACCGUGUCACUGUUGUCUUGAAUGCAACAGUAGCAUCCGAUUCCAAUGAAGGUUCGAUUUCCGAUCGUCCUUACAAAGAAGCAGUCAUCACAGGGAAGGAAGUAUCAGACCGUGUCACUGUUGUCUUGAAUGCAACAGUAGCACCCGAUUCCAAUGGAGGUUCGAUUUCCGAUCGUCCUGACAAAGAGGAUCGUCCUGACAAAGAAGCAGUCAUCACAGGGAAGGAAGUAUCAGACCGUGUCACUGUUGUCUUGAAUGCAACAGUAGCACCCGAUUCCAAUGGAGGUUCGAUUUCCGAUCGUCCUGACAAAGAAGCAGUCAUCACAGGGAAGGAAGUAUCAGACCGUGUCACUGUUGUCUUGAAUGCAACAGUAGCACCCGAUUCCAAUGGAGGUUCGAUUUCCGAUCGUCCUGACAAAGAGGAUCGUCCUGACAAAGAAGCAGUCAUCACAGGGAAGGAAGUAUCAGACCAUGUCACUGUUGUCUUGAAUGCAACAGUAACACCCGAUUCCAAUGAAGGUUCGAUUUCCGAUCGUCCUGACAAAGAAGCAGUCAUCACAGGGAAGGAAGUAUCAGACCGUGUCACUGUUGUCUUGAAUGCAACAGUAACACCCGAUUCCAAUGAAGGUUCGAUUUCCGAUCGUCCUGACAAAGAAGCAGUCAUCACAGGGAAGGAAGUAUCAGACCGUGUCACUGUUGUCUUGAAUGCAACAGUAACACCCGAUUCCAAUGAAGGUUCGAUUUCCGAUCGUCCUGACAAAGAAGCAGUCAUCACAGGGAAGGAAGUAUCAGACCGUGUCACUGUUGUCUUGAAUGCAACAGUAGCACCCGAUUCCAAUGGAGGUUCGAUUUCCGAUCGUCCUGACAAAGAAGCAGUCAUCACAGGGAAGGAAGUAUCAGACCGUGUCACUGUUGUCUUGAAUGCAACAGUAGCACCCGAUUCCAAUGGAGGUUCGAUUUCCGAUCGUCCUGACAAAGAAGCAGUCAUCACAGGGAAGGAAGUAUCAGACCGUGUCACUGUUGUCUUGAAUGCAACAGUAGCACCCGAUUCCAAUGGAGGUUCGAUUUCCGAUCGUCCUGACAAAGAAGCAGUCAUCACAGGGAAGGAAGUAUCAGACCGUGUCACUGUUGUCUUGAAUGCAACAGUAGCACCCGAUUCCAAUGGAGGUUCGAUUUCCGAUCGUCCUGACAAAGAAGCAGUCAUCACAGGGAAGGAAGUAUCAGACCGUGUCACUGUUGUCUUGAAUGCAACAGUAACACCCGAUUCCAAUGAAGGUUCGAUUUCCGAUCGUCCUGACAAAGAAGCAGUCAUCACAGGGAAGGAAGUAUCAGACCGUGUCACUGUUGUCUUGAAUGCAACAGUAACACCCGAUUCCAAUGAAGGUUCGAUUUCCGAUCGUCCUGACAAAGAGGAUCGUCCUGACAAAGAAGCAGUCAUCACAGGGAAGGAAGUAUCAGACCGUGUCACUGUUGUCUUGAAUGCAACAGUAGCACCCGAUUCCAAUGGAGGUUCGAUUUCCGAUCGUCCUGACAAAGAAGCAGUCAUCACAGGGAAGGAAGUAUCAGACCGUGUCACUGUUGUCUUGAAUGCAACAGUAGCACCCGAUUCCAAUGGAGGUUCGAUUUCCGAUCGUCCUGACAAAGAAGCAGUCAUCACAGGGAAGGAAGUAUCAGACCGUGUCACUGUUGUCUUGAAUGCAACAGUAGCACCCGAUUCCAAUGGAGGUUCGAUUUCCGAUCGUCCUGACAAAGAGGAUCGUCCUGACAAAGAAGCAGUCAUCACAGCUAAGGAAGUAUCAGACCGUGUCACUGUUGUCUUGAAUGCAACAGUAGCACCCGAUUCCAAUGAAGGUUCGAUUUCCGAUCGUCCUGACAAAGAGGAUCGUCCUGACAAAGAAGCAGUCAUCACAGGGAAGGAAGUAUCAGACCGUGUCACUGUUGUCUUGAAUGCAACAGUAGCACCCGAUUCCAAUGGAGUCUCGAUUUCCGAUCGUCCUGACAAAGAGGAUCGUCCUGACAAAGAAGCAGUCAUCACAGCUAAGGAAGUAUCAGACCGUGUCACUGUUGUCUUGAAUGCAACAGUAGCACCCGAUUCCAAUGGAGGUUCGAUUUCCGAUCGUCCUGACAAAGAAGCAGUCAUCACAGGGAAGGAAGUAUCAGACCGUGUCACUGUUGUCUUGAAUGCAACAGUAGCACCCGAUUCCAAUGGAGUUUCGAUUUCCGAUCGUCCUGACAAAGAGGAUCGUCCUGACAAAGAAGCAGUCAUCACAGGGAAGGAAGUAUCAGACCGUGUCACUGUUGUCUUGAAUGCAACAGUAGCACCCGAUUCCAAUGGAGGUUCGAUUUCCGAUCGUCCUGACAAAGAAGCAGUCAUCACAGGGAAGGAAGUAUCAGACCGUGUCACUGUUGUCUUGAAUGCAACAGUAACACCCGAUUCCAAUGGAGGUUCGAUUUCCGAUCGUCCUGACAAAGAAGCAGUCAUCACAGGGAAGGAAGUAUCAGACCGUGUCACUGUUGUCUUGAAUGCAACAGUAGCACCCGAUUCCAAUGGAGUUUCGAUUUCCGAUCGUCCUGACAAAGAGGAUCGUCCUGACAAAGAAGCAGUCAUCACAGCUAAGGAAGUAUCAGACCGUGUCACUGUUGUCUUGAAUGCAACAGUAGCACCCGAUUCCAAUGGAGUUUCGAUUUCCGAUCGUCCUGACAAAGAGGAUCGUCCUGACAAAGAAGCAGUCAUCACAGGGAAGGAAGUAUCAGACCGUGUCACUGUUGUCUUGAAUGCAACAGUAGCACCCGAUUCCAAUGGAGUUUCGAUUUCCGAUCGUCCUGACAAAGAGGAUCGUCCUGACAAAGAAGCAGUCAUCACAGGGAAGGAAGUAUCAGACCGUGUCACUGUUGUCUUGAAUGCAACAGUAGCACCCGAUUCCAAUGGAGUUUCGAUUUCCGAUCGUCCUGACAAAGAGGAUCGUCCUGACAAAGAAGCAGUCAUCACAGGGAAGGAAGUAUCAGACCGUGUCACUGUUGUCUUGAAUGCAACAGUAGCACCCGAUUCCAAUGGAGUUUCGAUUUCCGAUCGUCCUGACAAAGAGGAUCGUCCUGACAAAGAAGCAGUCAUCACAGGGAAGGAAGUAUCAGACCGUGUCACUGUUGUCUUGAAUGCAACACUAACACCCGAUUCCAAUGAAGGUUCGAUUUCCGAUCGUCCUGACAAAGAGGAUCGUCCUGACAAAGAAGCAGUCAUCACAGGGAAGGAAGUAUCAGACCGUGUCACUGUUGUCUUGAAUGCAACAGUAGCACCCGAUUCCAAUGGAGUUUCGAUUUCCGAUCGUCCUGACAAAGAGGAUCGUCCUGACAAAGAAGCAGUCAUCACAGGGAAGGAAGUAUCAGACCGUGUCACUGUUGUCUUGAAUGCAACAGUAGCACCCGAUUCCAAUGGAGUUUCGAUUUCCGAUCGUCCUGACAAAGAGGAUCGUCCUGACAAAGAAGCAGUCAUCACAGGGAAGGAAGUAUCAGACCGUGUCACUGUUGUCUUGAAUGCAACACUAACACCCGAUUCCAAUGAAGGUUCGAUUUCCGAUCGUCCUGACAAAGAAGCAGUCAUCACAGGGAAGGAAGUAUCAGACCGUGUCACUGUUGUCUUGAAUGCAACAGUAGCACCCGAUUCCAAUGAAGGUUCGAUUUCCGAUCGUCCUGACAAAGAGGAUCGUCCUGACAAAGAAGCAGUCAUCACAGGGAAGGAAGUAUCAGACCGUGUCACUGUUGUCUUGAAUGCAACAGUAGCACCCGAUUCCAAUGAAGGUUCGAUUUCCGAUCGUCCUGACAAAGAGGAUCGUCCUGACAAAGAAGCAGUCAUCACAGCUAAGGAAGUAUCAGACCGUGUCACUGUUGUCUUGAAUGCAACAGUAGCACCCGAUUCCAAUGAAGGUUCGAUUUCCGAUCGUCCUGACAAAGAGGAUCGUCCUGACAAAGAAGCAGUCAUCACAGGGAAGGAAGUAUCAGACCGUGUCACUGUUGUCUUGAAUGCAACAGUAGCACCCGAUUCCAAUGGAGUCUCGAUUUCCGAUCGUCCUGACAAAGAGGAUCGUCCUGACAAAGAAGCAGUCAUCACAGCUAAGGAAGUAUCAGACCGUGUCACUGUUGUCUUGAAUGCAACAGUAGCACCCGAUUCCAAUGGAGUCUCGAUUUCCGAUCGUCCUGACAAAGAGGAUCGUCCUGACAAAGAAGCAGUCAUCACAGCUAAGGAAGUAUCAGACCGUGUCACUGUUGUCUUGAAUGCAACAGUAGCACCCGAUUCCAAUGGAGUCUCGAUUUCCGAUCGUCCUGACAAAGAGGAUCGUCCUGACAAAGAAGCAGUCAUCACAGCUAAGGAAGUAUCAGACCGUGUCACUGUUGUCUUGAAUGCAACAGUAGCACCCGAUUCCAAUGGAGGUUCGAUUUCCGAUCGUCCUGACAAAGAAGCAGUCAUCACAGGGAAGGAAGUAUCAGACCGUGUCACUGUAGUCUUGAAUGCAACAGUAGCACCCGAUUCCAAUGGAGUUUCGAUUUCCGAUCGUCCUGACAAAGAAGCAGUCAUCACAGGGAAGGAAGUAUCAGACCGUGUCACUGUUGUCUUGAAUGCAACAGUAGCACCCGAUUCCAAUGAAGGUUCGAUUUCCGAUCGUCCUGACAAAGAAGCAGUCAUCACAGGGAAGGAAGUAUCAGACCGUGUCACUGUUGUCUUGAAUGCAACAGUAGCACCCGAUUCCAAUGAAGGUUCGAUUUCCGAUCGUCCUGACAAAGAAGCAGUCAUCACAGGGAAGGAAGUAUCAGACCGUGUCACUGUUGUCUUGAAUGCAACAGUAGCACCCGAUUCCAAUGAAGGUUCGAUUUCCGAUCGUCCUGACAAAGAGGAUCGUCCUGACAAAGAAGCAGUCAUCACAGGGAAGGAAGUAUCAGACCGUGUCACUGUUGUCUUGAAUGCAACAGUAACACCCGAUUCCAAUGAAGGUUCGAUUUCCGAUCGUCCUGACAAAGAGGAUCGUCCUGACAAAGAAGCAGUCAUCACAGGGAAGGAAGUAUCAGACCGUGUCACUGUUGUCUUGAAUGCAACAGUAGCACCCGAUUCCAAUGGAGGUUCGAUUUCCGAUCGUCCUGACAAAGAAGCAGUCAUCACAGGGAAGGAAGUAUCAGACCGUGUCACUGUUGUCUUGAAUGCAACAGUAGCACCCGAUUCCAAUGGAGGUUCGAUUUCCGAUCGUCCUGACAAAGAAGCAGUCAUCACAGGGAAGGAAGUAUCAGACCGUGUCACUGUUGUCUUGAAUGCAACAGUAGCACCCGAUUCCAAUGGAGGUUCGAUUUCCGAUCGUCCUGACAAAGAGGAUCGUCCUGACAAAGAAGCAGUCAUCACAGCUAAGGAAGUAUCAGACCGUGUCACUGUUGUCUUGAAUGCAACAGUAGCACCCGAUUCCAAUGAAGGUUCGAUUUCCGAUCGUCCUGACAAAGAGGAUCGUCCUGACAAAGAAGCAGUCAUCACAGGGAAGGAAGUAUCAGACCGUGUCACUGUUGUCUUGAAUGCAACAGUAGCACCCGAUUCCAAUGGAGUCUCGAUUUCCGAUCGUCCUGACAAAGAGGAUCGUCCUGACAAAGAAGCAGUCAUCACAGCUAAGGAAGUAUCAGACCGUGUCACUGUUGUCUUGAAUGCAACAGUAGCACCCGAUUCCAAUGGAGGUUCGAUUUCCGAUCGUCCUGACAAAGAAGCAGUCAUCACAGGGAAGGAAGUAUCAGACCGUGUCACUGUUGUCUUGAAUGCAACAGUAGCACCCGAUUCCAAUGGAGUUUCGAUUUCCGAUCGUCCUGACAAAGAGGAUCGUCCUGACAAAGAAGCAGUCAUCACAGGGAAGGAAGUAUCAGACCGUGUCACUGUUGUCUUGAAUGCAACAGUAGCACCCGAUUCCAAUGGAGGUUCGAUUUCCGAUCGUCCUGACAAAGAAGCAGUCAUCACAGGGAAGGAAGUAUCAGACCGUGUCACUGUUGUCUUGAAUGCAACAGUAACACCCGAUUCCAAUGGAGGUUCGAUUUCCGAUCGUCCUGACAAAGAGGAUCGUCCUGACAAAGAAGCAGUCAUCACAGGGAAGGAAGUAUCAGACCGUGUCACUGUUGUCUUGAAUGCAACAGUAACACCCGAUUCCAAUGGAGGUUCGAUUUCCGAUCGUCCUGACAAAGAAGCAGUCAUCACAGGGAAGGAAGUAUCAGACCGUGUCACUGUUGUCUUGAAUGCAACAGUAGCACCCGAUUCCAAUGGAGUUUCGAUUUCCGAUCGUCCUGACAAAGAGGAUCGUCCUGACAAAGAAGCAGUCAUCACAGGGAAGGAAGUAUCAGACCGUGUCACUGUUGUCUUGAAUGCAACAGUAACACCCGAUUCCAAUGGAGGUUCGAUUUCCGAUCGUCCUGACAAAGAAGCAGUCAUCACAGGGAAGGAAGUAUCAGACCGUGUCACUGUUGUCUUGAAUGCAACAGUAGCACCCGAUUCCAAUGGAGUUUCGAUUUCCGAUCGUCCUGACAAAGAGGAUCGUCCUGACAAAGAAGCAGUCAUCACAGCUAAGGAAGUAUCAGACCGUGUCACUGUUGUCUUGAAUGCAACAGUAGCACCCGAUUCCAAUGGAGUUUCGAUUUCCGAUCGUCCUGACAAAGAGGAUCGUCCUGACAAAGAAGCAGUCAUCACAGGGAAGGAAGUAUCAGACCGUGUCACUGUUGUCUUGAAUGCAACAGUAGCACCCGAUUCCAAUGGAGUUUCGAUUUCCGAUCGUCCUGACAAAGAGGAUCGUCCUGACAAAGAAGCAGUCAUCACAGGGAAGGAAGUAUCAGACCGUGUCACUGUUGUCUUGAAUGCAACAGUAGCACCCGAUUCCAAUGGAGUUUCGAUUUCCGAUCGUCCUGACAAAGAGGAUCGUCCUGACAAAGAAGCAGUCAUCACAGGGAAGGAAGUAUCAGACCGUGUCACUGUUGUCUUGAAUGCAACAGUAGCACCCGAUUCCAAUGGAGUUUCGAUUUCCGAUCGUCCUGACAAAGAGGAUCGUCCUGACAAAGAAGCAGUCAUCACAGGGAAGGAAGUAUCAGACCGUGUCACUGUUGUCUUGAAUGCAACAGUAGCACCCGAUUCCAAUGGAGUUUCGAUUUCCGAUCGUCCUGACAAAGAGGAUCGUCCUGACAAAGAAGCAGUCAUCACAGGGAAGGAAGUAUCAGACCGUGUCACUGUUGUCUUGAAUGCAACACUAACACCCGAUUCCAAUGAAGGUUCGAUUUCCGAUCGUCCUGACAAAGAGGAUCGUCCUGACAAAGAAGCAGUCAUCACAGGGAAGGAAGUAUCAGACCGUGUCACUGUUGUCUUGAAUGCAACAGUAGCACCCGAUUCCAAUGGAGUUUCGAUUUCCGAUCGUCCUGACAAAGAGGAUCGUCCUGACAAAGAAGCAGUCAUCACAGGGAAGGAAGUAUCAGACCGUGUCACUGUUGUCUUGAAUGCAACAGUAGCACCCGAUUCCAAUGGAGUUUCGAUUUCCGAUCGUCCUGACAAAGAGGAUCGUCCUGACAAAGAAGCAGUCAUCACAGGGAAGGAAGUAUCAGACCGUGUCACUGUUGUCUUGAAUGCAACACUAACACCCGAUUCCAAUGAAGGUUCGAUUUCCGAUCGUCCUGACAAAGAAGCAGUCAUCACAGGGAAGGAAGUAUCAGACCGUGUCACUGUUGUCUUGAAUGCAACAGUAGCACCCGAUUCCAAUGAAGGUUCGAUUUCCGAUCGUCCUGACAAAGAGGAUCGUCCUGACAAAGAAGCAGUCAUCACAGCUAAGGAAGUAUCAGACCGUGUCACUGUUGUCUUGAAUGCAACAGUAGCACCCGAUUCCAAUGAAGGUUCGAUUUCCGAUCGUCCUGACAAAGAGGAUCGUCCUGACAAAGAAGCAGUCAUCACAGGGAAGGAAGUAUCAGACCGUGUCACUGUUGUCUUGAAUGCAACAGUAGCACCCGAUUCCAAUGGAGUCUCGAUUUCCGAUCGUCCUGACAAAGAGGAUCGUCCUGACAAAGAAGCAGUCAUCACAGCUAAGGAAGUAUCAGACCGUGUCACUGUUGUCUUGAAUGCAACAGUAGCACCCGAUUCCAAUGGAGUCUCGAUUUCCGAUCGUCCUGACAAAGAGGAUCGUCCUGACAAAGAAGCAGUCAUCACAGCUAAGGAAGUAUCAGACCGUGUCACUGUUGUCUUGAAUGCAACAGUAGCACCCGAUUCCAAUGGAGUCUCGAUUUCCGAUCGUCCUGACAAAGAGGAUCGUCCUGACAAAGAAGCAGUCAUCACAGCUAAGGAAGUAUCAGACCGUGUCACUGUUGUCUUGAAUGCAACAGUAGCACCCGAUUCCAAUGGAGGUUCGAUUUCCGAUCGUCCUGACAAAGAAGCAGUCAUCACAGGGAAGGAAGUAUCAGACCGUGUCACUGUUGUCUUGAAUGCAACAGUAGCACCCGAUUCCAAUGGAGUUUCGAUUUCCGAUCGUCCUGACAAAGAAGCAGUCAUCACAGGGAAGGAAGUAUCAGACCGUGUCACUGUUGUCUUGAAUGCAACAGUAGCACCCGAUUCCAAUGAAGGUUCGAUUUCCGAUCGUCCUGACAAAGAAGCAGUCAUCACAGGGAAGGAAGUAUCAGACCGUGUCACUGUUGUCUUGAAUGCAACAGUAGCACCCGAUUCCAAUGAAGGUUCGAUUUCCGAUCGUCCUGACAAAGAAGCAGUCAUCACAGGGAAGGAAGUAUCAGACCGUGUCACUGUUGUCUUGAAUGCAACAGUAGCACCCGAUUCCAAUGAAGGUUCGAUUUCCGAUCGUCCUGACAAAGAGGAUCGUCCUGACAAAGAAGCAGUCAUCACAGCUAAGGAAGUAUCAGACCGUGUCACUGUUGUCUUGAAUGCAACAGUAGCACCCGAUUCCAAUGAAGGUUCGAUUUCCGAUCGUCCUGACAAAGAGGAUCGUCCUGACAAAGAAGCAGUCAUCACAGGGAAGGAAGUAUCAGACCGUGUCACUGUUGUCUUGAAUGCAACAGUAGCACCCGAUUCCAAUGGAGUCUCGAUUUCCGAUCGUCCUGACAAAGAGGAUCGUCCUGACAAAGAAGCAGUCAUCACAGCUAAGGAAGUAUCAGACCGUGUCACUGUUGUCUUGAAUGCAACAGUAGCACCCGAUUCCAAUGGAGUUUCGAUUUCCGAUCGUCCUGACAAAGAGGAUCGUCCUGACAAAGAAGCAGUCAUCACAGCUAAGGAAGUAUCAGACCGUGUCACUGUUGUCUUGAAUGCAACAGUAGCACCCGAUUCCAAUGGAGGUUCGAUUUCCGAUCGUCCUGACAAAGAAGCAGUCAUCACAGGGAAGGAAGUAUCAGACCGUGUCACUGUUGUCUUGAAUGCAACAGUAGCACCCGAUUCCAAUGGAGUUUCGAUUUCCGAUCGUCCUGACAAAGAGGAUCGUCCUGACAAAGAAGCAGUCAUCACAGCUAAGGAAGUAUCAGACCGUGUCACUGUUGUCUUGAAUGCAACAGUAGCACCCGAUUCCAAUGGAGGUUCGAUUUCCGAUCGUCCUGACAAAGAAGCAGUCAUCACAGGGAAGGAAGUAUCAGACCGUGUCACUGUUGUCUUGAAUGCAACAGUAGCACCCGAUUCCAAUGGAGUUUCGAUUUCCGAUCGUCCUGACAAAGAGGAUCGUCCUGACAAAGAAGCAGUCAUCACAGGGAAGGAAGUAUCAGACCGUGUCACUGUUGUCUUGAAUGCAACAGUAGCACCCGAUUCCAAUGGAGGUUCGAUUUCCGAUCGUCCUGACAAAGAAGCAGUCAUCACAGGGAAGGAAGUAUCAGACCGUGUCACUGUUGUCUUGAAUGCAACAGUAGCACCCGAUUCCAAUGGAGUUUCGAUUUCCGAUCGUCCUGACAAAGAAGCAGUCAUCACAGGGAAGGAAGUAUCAGACCGUGUCACUGUUGUCUUGAAUGCAACAGUAGCACCCGAUUCCAAUGGAGUUUCGAUUUCCGAUCGUCCUGACAAAGAGGAUCGUCCUGACAAAGAAGCAGUCAUCACAGGGAAGGAAGUAUCAGACCGUGUCACUGUUGUCUUGAAUGCAACAGUAGCACCCGAUGCCAAUGAAGGUUCGGUUUCCGAUCGUCCUGACAAAGAGGAUCGUCCUGACAAAGAAGCAGUCAUCACAGGGAAGGAAGUAUCAGACCGUGUCACUGUUGUCUUGAAUGCAACAGUAGCACCCGAUGCCAAUGGAAGUCGUGUUACAGAUUACAUAUCGUUUGGAAAGAUUUCAGCAAGUUCGGACGUUUUAAAUCAACCCGAUAUUGAGAACGACGAUGAUGAUAUCACACAGGACGGUCCCGACAAGAUCGUCUAUCAAAAUCGCACGAACCAGGUUAACUCCAGCGUUGAAGAUUACCGUACUGACAGGGAUAUCGGUCAUACCCUUACCACAACAGGAAAUGAGCUGAUUCAUACAGAUGCAGUUGUGUAUAAGAAUUCAACAACAAUAAUAAACGAAACAAUCACGAUCGAAAAUCAAGAGGGCCCAGACUAUGGUACAGUUACCGUUUCUCUCAAGGAUAACACGAACCGUUUCCAGACAACGAGGGUAGAUAAGCAAGAGUACACUGUCGUGUCCAAAUUAGAGAAAUUCAAAAGAGAAGUGAUAAGAUCAGGACCAGGGAUUGAAGAUGUGGUUAUUAUCCGCAAAAAAGCUAGGACCGAAUCUAUCUCAGAGACGGUGGUUGCCCGAGAAUACGGAGAACAAGUCCUAAGGAAUGUAAAGAAAGAUGCCGAGGAUGUGGGAGUUGCAGUGAUUAGUGCAUUGAAUGCAAGAGAUUACUACAGUACACAUCCUGAUAAUGUUAACAUUUACUUGAAAAUCAAGGAAACCAUCCGGUACUACAAAAUGCAGAGGAGGACACAAUUUGUCAUUUCGUUCAAGGAUUAUAUUGACAAAGGCGCUACUAAACUGUCCGAAAAUGAACAACAAUCCGUUCAGCGAAUUGUCGCGGAAGCUGAUAAGAAGCUCAGUGAAAAACUGGUUGAUUUCGAUAGAACAUACAGCGAUUCUACUGCUGUAAAGUACGACUUUGGACCAAUAAUAAAAGAAAUCGUUUCUCGUGUUUAUAUCCUUAUCAAUAGAUAUCCAGUAGAAGAUAUCGUUCUGGCAAUCUUGGAUGCAAUUAAUGGAAAAGUGACAAAAGUAAAGGACAAAGAAGAUAUUUUCAUUUUUGGUCGACAGACACACGACAACUACGUCAAAUUGGAUGCAGAUGAUCAAAGAAACGACUUCCUCAAACAAAUUGAAAUAACUUUAAACACUUGGAUCAAAUGGCACCCGGAUGUCAUGUUAAAAAUCGACAAAAUAGUUGAAAAGAUCUUCGAGAUGAGGAAAGAGUUCACCCUUAAGUUGGCGAUAGACGGUGUAGAUGAGGAUAACAGCAAAACUAUGCCCCUGUAUGACAAUGGAAAUUACGAUAUCUUUGACGAACCCAGGAAACAAGUCAGGAUGAUAAUUGAAUAUCGAAUUAUCAAAAAAUUUAUUCGCAUCAGGAGAUUAAUCAUUCGUAAGCCCAGUACGAUAACGGAGGAUGUAGAAACUUACAUGAAAAGAAUACCAUCGGUUGCGGAAAAGCCUGUUACAAUUGCUGGGAAAGAGUUUGGAGAAAAAAUAUACAGGAGGAUUGUGGUCAACACCUUCGACUACGAUGUUGCUGUAACACGAGCAAUUCAAGGACGCGAUUACAACAGUAAAGACGAUGAAAAUAUGAAGACCUACUUUGAGUUAAAGACUUAUCUAUAUAGCUACAAACAGGAAUCACGUAUUCAGUUCCUCAAGACAGUUUUUGAAGACCUUGGGACCAGAAAAACAAGCAUUGGAACACCCGAACAAUCCACUCUACGAAAAAUAAAAGCAGCCAUCGACUUUGAAGUUCAACGAAAACUUAGGGACUUCGACGAAAACUAUAAAAAAUAUUCAGUUAUUUCUUAUGACUUCGGACCAGUGAUAGACGAGAUCACAACUAACAUUGUCUAUGGACUGGAACGUAAUAAAACGUUGCAAAAAAUUGAAGAAGCGAUUGAAAAUGGAAUAGCAAGAGAGAAGAUCCCCAAAGACAACGAUAUUCUCAGCCUCAUAUCAAGAGAAGUCAAAGAUAAUUUGGAGACUUUCAAAGACAACACCACACAAGACGAAUUUUUAAGACAAAUUGAGAUCAGGCUGGACACAUACACAGAAUACUACCCACAGUACACUAAGAAAAUUAACGAACUCGCCGAUAUUAUUUACAAGCUGCGAAAGGGAGAACCACUUAAUGCAACACCUUCAGAAGACACGUAUAAUGUAACAGAAGAAUCUGAUCUUAUACAACCGCCAAUGCCAAAAAAAGGAAAGAGACUAAUCGAAAUAACCGAGUAUAAGAUUGUCAGAAGAGUUAGGACGAUUCGAAGGAUCAUCAGAAGACCGCGAAGAGGUAGUUCCACAUACAUCGAGCAUUCCAAAAGCCCUGAAUUGACUGGAGCAGAACUUGGAGCCAGAAUUAUAAAACGAAUUCCAAUUUCUUCAAGCAUUUUCUUGGCAGUUGAACGAGCACUCGAUGGGCGGGACUUCAACACACGCGAUGAUGACGACAUGAACGUCUACAUUGAUCUCAAGGAUAAACUCCAUGAGAAUAAAAAUGAAGACAGAGUAAAGUUAGCCAAAAAAAUGAAUGAAAGAAUAGAGGAAGCAUCAGAGAAACUGGAUGGAAUUAAGAAAGAAAAGGCCAAACGGCUAAAAGAAAACGUGGAAAAGAAAGUUAACAAGGGAUUCGAAGGAUUUGAUGAGAGUCUGAGCACUUCGCUAACAACAAACUACGAUUUUGGGAACGUGAUCGAUGAAAUAAGUAUUAACAUUCUCAACGCUUUAAACAAAAAUUACUCAUCUGAAAAAAUCAUGGAUACUAUACGGCAAUCAGUUCUGAACGAGGAGGUUUCCGAGAUCACUUCUGAUAUACUAAACGUAUUACAACGUCAAUUACGAGACAAUCUACAAGCACAGGACUCAGAUGACAAGAAGAACGACAUGCUCAAACAGAUCGAGGUGAAACUCUCUACUUCGAUUGACUUAUACCCAGAAUAUUCGUCGAAGAUCAAUGCAAUCGUGGAUUAUUUAUACGGCACAAGAACAAAGAGAAUAGAUUUAUUAAACGUUGCCACCUCUACUGCAAUUCCAAUUACCGGUACAACACAAUCCAAGGAAGAGGAAGAAAAACAGGCGGUUAAAUUGGACAACAUGUCUGACGAGAAGCUUCCUUGUAACCUCAAAGUAAGUAAACUACAAAAGCAAAUAUAAAUUUAAAAGGCAUUGGGUAACCGCGCUGUAAGAAAGAAAAACAAACGACUUCGGAAAUUGGGAUUUUACAAGUUCGUCAAAGUCCAGAAAUGGUAUCACGAUGAAAAUAACUUCCUAAUGUUGCGCAUUGCUAUGGUAAGUUAAAUUGAGUUGCACUAAUUGCUCUGCUUCAGAAGGGACAUGACGGGAAACGGAAGAUGAUUACCGCACGAUACCGAAAACAUUGCGAUUACUUCGAAUAA